UAUGUGACUGUGAGUAUUACCUGUGUCUUACACGUGAUCUCUCUUGCUAGUUACUCCAGUUCUCCUCCUCCUCAAACCUCAAGCCUCGAUACCACCGAACACAACAAAAUCUUCUAAUGGCUUCACUCUCCACCACCACCACCGCUCGCUUCCCUCCUCUCCCUCCACCCAACCCCACCCGUCUCCGAACCCGAGCACAAUCCAUUCCCCAACCCGAUCCUCCACCUUCAUCCCUCACCGGAACAGUUAAGCUAGCAGUAAAUGAUGAACGGACGAAGAGAAUUGCGAAGGAAGUGGAGAAGAUGAAAAGAAAGGAAGUAAAAGAAAGAAAGGAGAUGAAGAAUGCGAAAGUAGCUUCGCAGAAAGCGGUUUCUGUUAUUCUUCGUAGAGAGGCUACUAAAGCGGUUAUUGAUAAGAGAAGGAGGAAAGGUCCUGUUAAUUCUAAGAAACUUUUGCCUCGAACUGUUCUUGAAGCGCUUAAUGAACGGAUCUCCGCGUUUCGUUGGGAAUCUGCUCUUAAGGUUUUUGAACUACUGCGUGAACAGCUUUGGUACAGACCUUACCCUGGUGUAUACAUCAAGUUAAUUGUCAUGCUUGGAAAAUGUAAGCAACCUGAGAAAGCUUUUGAGCUCUUUCAAGCUAUGGUUGAUGAAGGUUGUGUUUUGGACUGUGAAUCAUACACCGCACUGUUAUCUGCCUAUGGCAGGAGUGGUCUAUUGGAUAAAGCUCUCUCUCUUCUUGAGGAAAUGAAGAGUACACCUGGUUGUCAGCCAGACAUCCAGACUUAUUCAAUCCUCAUAAAAUCUUGCUUGCAAGUUUUUGCCUUCGACAAAGUUCAGAGUCUUUUAUCUGACAUGGCCACUCAUGGUAUCAAACCAAACACAGUCACCUACAACACCCUUAUUGAUGCUUAUGGGAAGGCAAAAAGAUUUUCAGAAAUGGAAUCUACACUUCUGGAAAUGCUUGCUGAACAAAAUUGUGAACCCGAUGUAUGGACCAUGAAUUCAACACUCAGGGCCUUUGGCAACCUGGGGCAGAUAGAAACAAUGGAGAGGUGUUAUGACAAGUUUCAGACAUCUGGAAUCCAACCAAAUGUUCAGACCUUCAAUAUUCUCUUGGAUUCCUAUGGCAAGGCCCAUGAUUACACGAAAAUGAGUGCUGUGAUGGAAUACAUGCAGAAAUACCAUUAUUCUUGGACAAUUGUGACCUACAAUAUUGUGAUUGAUGCUUUUGGGAAGGCUGGGGAUCUCAAACAGAUGGAGUAUUUGUUUAGACUAAUGCGGUCAGAGAGAAUUAAACCUAGUUGUGUUACCCUGUGCUCGCUUGUGAGGGCUUAUGCACAUGCCGGUAAGCCUGAAAAAAUCGGCGGCGUCCUACGUUUUGUUGACAAUUCAGAUGUAACACUGGAUACGGUAUUCUUCAAUUGCUUGGUGGAUGCUUAUAUGAGACUAGAUUGUUUAGAUGAGAUGAGGAGAGUUCUUGAGAUAAUGGAACAUAAAGGUUGUAAACCCGAUUUCAUAACUUAUAGAACAAUGAUUAAAGCUUAUUCAUCUAAGGGCAUGGAUAGUCAUGUCAAGGAGCUUAAAGAGCUCCUCGCAACAGUAAAGAGACCUCCUUUGGAAAGAAACAAGCCUGACUUUUGAUAAUAAGAUCAACUGAUAUUUUUGCUCCAAUAUGUUUGGCUGUCCAUGAUCUGUUUAUUUGUGCAUAUGUUGAAUAUAUCUUGUACUUUUGAGUUGGUUGUCUACUGUCUUCUAGGUUCCCAGCUUUUAGAAGGGAAGGAAGGCUCUCUUUAGACAGUAGACACUGCAUUUUAAGUUUGUUUCUUACCCUUUUCUUUCUUGGUACUUCAUAGUUAAAUGGGGGCAGAGAAAAUGAGAAUAAAAGUGUAAAAUCACUUAUUUUGAGAGGGAAAAAUAUAGAGAGGAAUGAAAAGAAAUAAUAUAGGUUUCUUUUUUUACCUUGACCUUAAAAAAACAUGGAUUCAAAAUGUCAAUAGUACUCUUUUCUAUUUCAUUUGCAUA